AUGGGGACCCCAAAAUCCCCCUGGGACCCCCCCAAACCCCCCCCCCCCCGCUCUCACCUGCCCCCUGGCCCCGCCCCCCCGUCUCACCUGCGCGUGGCCCCGCCCCUUUCCCGCCACGUGACCGCGCCCCUCCCCCGCAGGCUCUGGGGCUCCUGGGCGGGGCCCGAAGGCGACAAAUUCGGGGCCCAGAAAUACGAGGGGGGCACGGGCUGCUGGCAGGGGCCCAGCCGCGCCACCACGGUGCGGCUCAGGUGCGCUCUGCAGACGGCGCUGGCGGCGGCGUCGGAGCCGAGCCGCUGCGAGUACCUGCUGGAGCUGGAGACGCCCGCGGCCUGCAGGGAGAGCCCCAUGGGGCACGAGGAGCACGACGAGCUCUGAGCCCCGAAACUGCCCCAAAUCACCCCAAAAAUGUCCUGGAAUUAUCCCCAAAAUAUCCUGGAAUUAUCCAAAAAAUAUCCCUGAAAAUAUCCUGAAAUUAUCCUGGAAUUAUCCAAAAAAUAUCCCUGAAAAUAUCCAAAAAUACCCUGCAGGGAGAGCCCCACGGGGCACGAGGAGCACGACGAGCUCUGAGCCCGAAAUACACCCAAAUCACCCCAAAAAUGUCCUGGAAUUAUCCCCAAAAUAUCCUGGAAUUAUCCCCAAAAUAUCCCCAAAAUAUCCUGAAAGUAUCCUGAAAAUAUCCUGGAAUUAUCCCUGAAAUUAUCCUGAAAAUAUCCCCCAAACCCUGCAGGGAGAGCCCGGCCGGGCACGAGGAGCACGACGAGCUCUGAGCCCCGAAACUGCCCCAAAUCACCCCAAAAAUGUCCUGGAAUUAUCCCCAAAAUAUCCUGGAAUUAUCCAAAAAAUAUCCCUGAAAAAAUCCCAAAAAUACCCUGCAGGGAGAGCCCCGCGGGGCACGAGGAGCACGACGAGCUCUGAGCCCAAAAUACACCCAAAUCACCCCAAAAAUAUCCACAAAAUGUCCCCAAAAUAUCCUGGAAUUAUCAAAAAAAUAUCCCUGAAAUUAUCCCAAAAUACUCCUGAAAAUAUCCAAAAAAUACCCCUAAAAUUGGCCCAAAAUAGCCCCAAAUGAUCCCCAAAAUAUCCCUUAAAAUAUCCCAAAAAAUGCC